AUGCCGUCCCCCAAAGACGACGUCGAUGCACGUCCGCCGUGCCACCCUCGAGCAGUACACUGCCUGACCAAGAACAACUACAACGAGGCUCGCUGCCAGGACGCCGUCAAGGCAUUGUACGAGUGCUGUGACGCCUUCUACCGGCGCUACGGCGACGAUGCUUCCUCUCCCAGCUGCCCGCAACCGAAGCUGCUGCGGUUGAAGAUGCAGCAGCAGAAGGAGGGCAAAUGAGGAUUCAGCAGGCAAAGGGUUUCACGCUCUGCCACAGCGCUCAUUCGACGCAUCCAGACACGCACAAGGCCUACGAUAUAAUACCUAGAUAGAAUGUACAUCUACCGGAAGGAUUUGUACGCUCAUCGUAUGGUAUGUCAACCAGUGUAGAGAAUUUCAGGCAACGUUUAUGAGGAGCGAGUUUUUCUAGGCGAUCGUUGAGCACGCGAGAGAUCCUCAUGGGACCUGAACAAGCAUCGAAGCGUCUUGUUCCGAGACUCUAAUACGAAUGCCGAUGACAUUAUGAUGAAGAAGAAAAGAGGAAAAGGAAAAAAAGAGCGAGACGAAAAUUUGCA